UCCGCCCAGCGGGACCGCGGCCAUGGAGGGAGGGAAAAAGCGCCAGGAUAAAGACACAUCAAAAGGAAAAAAGACAUAUCAGGAUGCUUCAGGCACGGCUCCAACAGAAGAAAAGGCAAAGCCAAAAGGCCGUAACACAUACAGACUGGAGCCACGUACUAAAGUUCAGGACAGUUUAAUAAGAGACAAAGCUCAAGCAAUACUAACGAAUAAACUACAAGAAGCCACAUACGACAGAGCUUCUAGUCCCUUCUUGUGUGCUUCAAUCUCAGAAGAUAUAUUAAAGGCUGUGAAGGAAUUGGACUAUGACCGUUAUAAGUAUGUGGUAUCAGUGCUAAUUGUGGAAAAGGCAAACCAGGCAAUGAUUGUUGCCAGCAGAUGCCUCUGGGAUGAUCAAAGAGACACUUGGGUUUCAGCUAAAUGUGAAACCGAUACAUUUAUUGCACUGGCUUUGGUAAUGGCUUGUUAUUACGACUAAAACUCUGAAAGUCACAGCUGCACUCCUGCAUCACAAUAUGUGGUAUACUUGAAAAUUUUCAAA